AAAGGUCGCAAACGGAACUCCCUGUCGCUCACUCUGAUGUAUUCAGUGGCUCUCCUUCAGUCCUUGCUUGUUCCUCAUCCCCACCUCCGCGUUCAAAACCGUAGAGCGAUUUCUCCCUCCCUGUGGCUUCGAAGGCUGGAGGUUACUGCGAAGCCGAGGCGCGGAUUUCGGCCAUCCGCCGCCCUCCGUCGUCCAGCGUCGGAUGGAUCACCGGCGACCACGAAUUCGUUCUUGCCGCUGUUAUCUCUCACCGAAACCUUCAGAAGGCAUUUAGGCCUGCUGGUUCACCUUGCCGCUGCUGCUGCCUUCCUCAUCGGCUUUGGCGCCCGCGCCUCUACCCCCGCUUCUGCCGCAGUUGCUCCCCCUACCGUCGUCAGUUCGUCAGUGAAUGAAACGGAGACCUCCGAUGCGAUCAUAGAACAAUCAGCGGAGAAUGAGGAGUUGAAAGCGGCAUUGGAGGCUUGGAAGUCGAAGACAUAUGCUUUGACUGUGCCGCUAAGAAUUGUUGCCCUUCGUGGAUCCCUGCCACCUUCGUGGAUUAAGGAUUUCAUUCAAGUGCAAGGAAAGAGAUUACAUAUGAACCUUGAAUAUCGUGGAGGUCUUGAAUCCAUCUUCUCUGAUUUGUCAUCAGCUUCUGAGAAAGGUCAUCUGCAGCCAAAAUCAGCCAUGGCAGCUGAUAUUAUUUCCCUUGGUGACUCCUGGCUGAAUUUUGCAAUUAUCAGGGGUCUAAUUGAACCUGUUAAACAUAUAGAAGAACAAGAAUGGUUUAAAAAUUUAAGCAACAAAUGGAAGGUUCAUUUACGCAGGAAUGAUAAAGGAGAAUUGGAUCCAAAUGGUUAUAUAUGGGGAGCCCCAUAUCGUUGGGGACCUAUGGUAAUAGCAUACAAGAAGGAGAAAUUUAGAAGGCACAAUUUAAGACCGAUUGAGGACUGGAGUGAUUUAUGGAGAACUGAGCUCGCUGGGAAGGUUGCAAUGGUUGAUUCUUCUAGGGAGGUCAUUGGUGCAGUGUUGAAAUAUAUGGGAUCAUCAUACAACACCAAGGAUUUUGAAACCCAAGUUGUUGGUGGGAGGAAAGCAGUGCUACAUAAUCUAAGAGCGCUUCAAAGGCAGGUUCGGCUAUUUGACAGUGUUCACUACCUAAAGGCAUUUAGUUCAGGAGAUGUAUGGGUUGCUGUAGGAUGGAGUAGUGAUGUUAUUCCUGUUGCCAAGCGCAUGUCCAAUGUUGCAGUGAUCGUUCCCAAGUCAGGGAGUAGUCUAUGGGCGGAUCUAUGGGUGAUACCUUAUGCUACCAGAUUCAAAACCGAUAAAAUUGGUGGCAGAGUCAGAAGCCCGUCUCCGCUAAUCUAUCAGUGGUUCGAGUUCUGCUUGCAAAUCGCGAGCGCAUUGCCUUUCCAGCAGGAAGUUAUCCCAGGAGCUUCUCCCAUUGUCUUUGACCAGUAUUCAGGAGGACCUAUGGAAUCCACAAAAGGGAAGCCUAAAUUAGACACAAAUCUAGUUGAUGGAGUGCCAACACCUGAAAUAUUAGCUAAAUGUGAGUUUUUAGAGCCAUUAUCGGAGAAGGCGUUAGAAGAUCAUGAAUGGUUGAUAUCGAGUAUGGACAAAUCAGGUAGUGGUUGGAUCAGGAACAUCUUGUACUCAAGCUCAGCAUUGUUCAAUUCCAGAGGGGGUAAUAAAAAGUCAUAAAAUUGUUUCUAAUUAUGUUAGUUGCUUAACGUUUGCUCAAAGUUAUGAGCCUAGAAUAUGAGAAUAGUCACCAUCCUUGCAA